CAGAAUUCACCCACGCUGGCAUAGAUUCAUCGUUAAUCCAGCUCCUCUCGAUAUAACGCAUGUUGGCUCUUGAACUCGUCCCAUAACUCGAGCAGUCUCUCCUUGGACUCUGCGCGAACCUUGUUCUUACUUGACCAUGUGACGUCUACAUUUCGGCCCCUGCUGGGCGCGGUUGUAUUCUUUUUUACAACCGAGCAGAUCAUCAACUACAACAGCACAACUGGACGCGAUUGAUGAUGGAUCACCUCGGACACAGCCAAGGCAAUGGAGUAUAUGCCAUCAGUACAUCAUAUGCGUCAAAUGGAUACAGAUACGGCAUCGGGAGUGGAAGCGGACGAAGUAGCCAUAACGGAGGCAUUUCAUACCCGUAUGCGAACUCACGCAGGACGAUCACGCCAUCGCAGGCUAGCCUGCCCUACUUACCGGCAUUGCAGCGAUGUGUCACCACUCUGGAGAUGUCAGUUCAGUCGCUGAAGUCAUCUGUAUCGGUCCUGGACGAGGCAACAAAUGGAUGCCCACGGCUCAAAACGAUCACAUCCCACACCAAGCAAUUCGAAUUGAUGUCUGAGCAGGAUAUUGCGGAUGCACGGAUCGAAGUAAGCAAGGAGGUGGAACCUCAGCUCUUCAGUCUAACAGAGAAGGCGGUCAAGAUUGUCCUAAAUCAUGAAGGAGAAGAAUACCAGCUCAUGGAGAGGGUCCGGAUCGAAACUGAGAGACAUAAGAUGCGUAUUGAACGACAGAAGGCUGCCAAAUCAGGAAUCUCAAAGAUCAAGAGAUUGCAAUCAUUGACGCGACGGAAAGAAGAACACAGCAGAAGUCAAACAGAACUGGAUGAGGUUUUGGAUCAGAAACGCGAAGAGGUCAACCAAUUGUACGAUCAGUUCAAUUCCACGGGCAAAGCAGGUUCCGUGAAACGGCUGAGACGAAAUCCCACCAAUGAAUCUCGUGAGCUCAGGAUGAAGAUCGAGGAGCGUAGGAAGGAGAUUGCAAGAAGGAAUCAAAGAGUCCUAGAGAAUCAGCAGAAGAUCGACGACAAGCAGCGAUCUCUCAACGAACUCCGGUCAAAAGCAGAAUCCUGGAGCAGAAGCAACCCCUCAGGCCAGGAUAACUUUGAGCCCAGUCCAAUAUGGACGAUGUAUUCGGAGCAUCACGGCUACUUGGAGCAAGUAUGGCCAGCUGGAUUCCAUGUAGAUCCUCGUGACCAGGAUGCAUACAAAGAUGCAUUCUCCCGCCUCACCGCAUCCUACCUUCGGGAGCUGGAGUCACGACAAGCAAAGACGGACAAGGAACUCGGCAGGCUGACAGAAGCGAAGACAAGAAAGCUGGCGCAAAUGCGAAAUCUGUGCAGACAGCUGUUCCCUGGCGACAGUAUCGGAUUGACCAUGGUCAGGGUACUAGAAUUGCUCGUAGAGAGUCCUCAGAGUGAGAUCUACCACAAAGACCUAGUGCAGAACGCGUUUCCACCAGAAGAGGAGCGGAGGCAUAAUUUAGGACGCGUUGUGGCUAUCCUAAAGCAAGUCGGUGUCAUUGAACUGGUUCUGGAAUCUCGUGUAGAAGAGCUAGGUGAGGAUGCCCAGGACGGUGAGCCCAGACGGUCCGAGGAACAACUCGUGUUACGGAUCAAGUUCGAGGACCCUAAUUGAGACUCAUCCAUCGCGCUCUAAUUACCCUUGCGUCGUGUAUUGUAAUAGUAAAUAGUAAAUAAUAAAAUAC